CUACUUCCGGUCUCGGCAAGGCCACCCCCUGGAAAAGCCGGAAGAACACACUCGCGCGAGCUUCCAAAAUCCAGGGCAUCUUUGCAGUGAAUGCCCGGAGGCUCUGGAGGCUGUAGAGGGAUAAGUGAGGAAGAAGGGAGGGGACCUGCCCCUCAGGAAAGCAGGAGGAAAUAGAGGGAGAGGGGAGAGAGGCCUUGGUGACUGUGGGCGAAGCCCUAAGCGGCAUGGUCAUUGUGUAAACGGGGGUCUUUGCCGUUCGGGUGAUUUGGGUCUGAGCCGGCGGGGCUGUGGUGGAGCGGAGCCCGAAAUGGUGGCCCGGUCCCUUCUGCUUGGUAGCAUGACGCAUCGUACUCUAUCCUCGAGCCCGGCCCUCUGGGCCUCCAUCCCGUGUCCACGCUCUGAACUGCGCCUGGAUCUGGUUUUAGCUUCGGGACAGUCCUUCCGGUGGAAGGAGCAAAGCCCUGCACACUGGAGUGGCGUGCUGGCGGAUCAAGUGUGGACACUGACUCAAACUGAGGAGCUGCUAUACUGCACUGUGUACCGAGGGGACAAGGGCUGGAUUGGCAAACCCACACCUGAGGAACUGGAGACAGUGCACAAGUACUUCCAGCUAGAUGUCAGCCUGGCUCAACUGUACAGCCAUUGGAGUUCCGUGGACUCCCAUUUCCAAAAGAUGGCUCAGAAAUUCCAAGGUGUGCGAUUGCUGAGACUUGACCCCAUCGAAUGCCUUUUCUCAUUUAUCUGUUCUUCCAACAACAACAUUACCCGCAUCACUGGCAUGGUGGAGCGGCUGUGCCAGGCUUUUGGACCUCGGCUCAUUCAGCUUGAUGAUGUCACCUACCAUGGCUUCCCCACCCUGCAAGCCCUGGCUGGUAUGGAGGUGGAAGCUCGCCUCAGGAAGUUGGGUCUGGGGUACCGUGCCCAAUAUGUGAGUGCCAGUGCCCGAGCCAUCCUGGAAGAACAGGGUGGUCUGGCCUGGCUGCAGCAGCUUCGAGAAGCCCCCUAUGAGGAGGCACACAAGGCCCUCUGCACCCUGCCUGGGGUGGGCACCAAGGUGGCUGACUGCAUCUGCCUCAUGGCCCUAGAAAAACCUCAGGCUGUGCCCGUGGACGUCCAUGUGUGGCAGAUAGCCCAACGUGACUACAGCUGGCAUCCUACCACAUCCCGGGCCAAGGGCCCCAGCCCUCAGGCUAACAAGGAACUGGGAAACUUUUUCCGGCGCCUGUGGGGACCUUAUGCUGGCUGGGCCCAAGCAUGUACCUUUCUGCCCACACACUCCCCCUCCCAUAGGUGCUGUUCAGUGCUGACCUACACCAACCCCACCGUUCCCAGGAGCCAUCAGCAAAGCGCAAAAAGGUGUCUAAAGGGCCAGAAGUCUAGGCAAGGAGCACUGGACAAAGGAAUUCCCCAAAACCUUUCCCCUCCGUUCCCUGCUUCUCUCCCCACAUCCUCCUUAGGCUUAUGUUGGGGAGGGCUCUCUGAAACUACCUCAGGUGCCAGGCACACCCCAAAUAAGCAAUCAAUUUGCACAACGGGACAGGGUGGGGGCCAUUCUGGAGAGAGAGCUGUAUGGUUUUAUCUUCUUCCCUUUAUUACAAGAAGGAACAAUAAAAUAGAAACCUUUGUAUGGAAAAUGCAGUGA